UCAACAUUUCAAACAUGUCUUCUCCGGAAUCUCGUUUCACAUCGCAAAAUAAAACAACACAAGAAAGGCUUUCCACAACUACUGUUGGAUUGGUUGCUCUAUCUGAUUUUCGUAAACGACGUGCUGAGGUUCUCGAGCAGCAAGAGCGUGAAGCAAGAGAGGUUCUCAUAUCCGGUGUCCCAUCUGAACCUCCCGACCGUUCGUGUUCUGCUACCCCCAACAACGUUAGCGACACAUCUCUGUCCCACAGGAGGAAGAAGAAGCAGAGGGUUCAGGGGAAUGAUGAGGGAAAAAAAGCCGAUCGGAUUGGAAUAGCUAAACUGUCAUUCGGGACUGACGAAGAUUUUGUUUCUAAUGAUGUUCCUAAAGAAGAAGGGCAUCCUGUCCAAAAAACAGCCGGAAAGCGGCAGUUCAAGUUUAAGGCCAAUACCUCCGUAUCGGUCGUACCGCGGUCUGUAACUAAAGCUGCUCUCCUUCGCGAGGCGGCCGAGAGGGAGGCUUUACGACGCGAAUUUCUUGUGCGGCAAGAAGCAGUGAAGGCGGCAGAGAUUGUGAUACCGUUUGUGUUUUAUGACGGAACAGACAUCCCAGGAGGCACGGUUCGCGUCAAGAAGGGAGAUUUUGUAUGGGUGUUCCUCGAUAAAAGCAGAAAAGUUGGUGCUGAUCUCGGGUUGGGCGAGAAAGCAAAUGCAAGGAGAGAAUGGGCUCGAGUCGGGGUAGAUGACCUGAUGAUGGUUCGCGGGAAUAUCAUUGUUCCUCAUCACUACGAUUUUAUGUUCUUCAUCAUGAAUAAAGCUGUUGGUCCCACUGGAAGGCUCCUUUUUGAUUACCGUUCUGAUAUCUCUGGAUUGUCGCUCGCAACGUCUACUAAAAAUGAAAAUGUCGAAAAUCGACGUCCCGCUGUUACGCCGAUUAUUCUGGAAACGGAGGCGAAUGCUAUGGAGGGUGCUUCUGACGAUCCAGCAUUCACCAAAGUUGUGGAUCGAAGAUGGUACGAGCGGAACAAACACAUAUAUCCUGCUAGCAUCUGGCAAGAGUUCGACCCAGAGAAAGAUUAUCCAAAGGAAGUGAGGCGUGAUCUCGGCGGAAAUGCCUUCUUUUACUCCUGAGUGGUUCACUGGAUUCGCAGGCCAGUUGAUCUCUUACACACGAUUCUUUUUGCAUGCCGACACGCAUUAUAAUCGCAUCGCCUUGGUAUGCCCCCUAAGAAUAUUCUGUUAGAUGACGCGGAUAUCUAACUGCUCACUG